AUGUAUGAAGCAAAUUUUUCUGAGGUUGCUGAGUUUGUGUUCCUGGGACUUUCUACCUCUAGAUCAAUGCAGCAUGUCCUCCUUAUCUUCUCUACAGUGUUGUAUGUAAUGAUUUUUCUGGGAAAUCUCCUUGUUAUGUUUACUGUAUCCUUUGACUCUCAUUUGCAUUCCCCUAUGUACUUCCUAUUAGCCAACCUUUCAUUUGUUGAUUUAUGUCUAUCUACUUUAAUAGUUCCUAAGAUGAUCUUUGACUUGUCCUCUGGGCAAAACAGAAUAUCAUUUCAAGGAUGUGUCAUACAGAUUUUUGUGCUUCACGUCUUGGGUGGAUCUGAGAUGGGGCUGCUCAUAGCCAUGGCCUUGGACAGAUAUGUGGCCAUUUGUAAGCCCCUUCACUACCUGAGCAUCAUGAGCCCACGGAUGUGCAUUUGGCUUAUGGUUGGUUCUUGGGUUAUUGGUCUCAUUCAUUCAGCAGUCCAGCUAGCUUUUGUUGCCCAUUUGCAUUUCUGUGGCCCUAAUGAGAUAGAUAGUUUUUACUGUGAUCUACCUCGCUUUAUCAAACUUGCCUGCACAGACACCUACAAACUGGAAUUCAUGAUUACUGCCAACAGUGGGAUAAUUUCCACUGGGACCUUUUUAUUAUUGAUUUUCUCUUAUAUAUUUAUUCUGAUCACAGUACAAAAACACUCUUCAGGUGCACUCUCCAAGGCUCUUUCUACCCUUUCAGCUCACCUAGCUGUAGUGGUUUUAUUCUUCGGACCAUGCAUGUUUUUCUAUUUGUGGCCAUUUUCCACAGUGCCAGUCGAUAAAUUCCUUGCCAUUUUGGACUGUUUGAUUACACCUGUAUUGAAUCCUGCCAUUUACACACUGAGGAAUAAGGAUAUGAAGUCGGCAAUGAGCAGACUAUGUAGCCAAUUCUUGAGUUUGAGAAAGAUCAUC